UCUCGCUUCGCUCGAAUAAUCAAUUUCUUGAAUGCGAAAAGUCGUGGCUAAGAAAAUGCGAAUACUAUGAAAUACCUGCGUGCUGAUGGACAUGGUUGAUGGGAUGGGAAGGCUAUCCGGGGAGAUGGGGCCGCAGUCAUGGGCUGAGUUCAUGGGGAUGACGGUGAAGAGGGUCGGAACCAUGUCGUACGUGUUGUGGACGUGGGGGUUGGUCUUGUUGGAACAAGUCAUGGGGAGGGCGUCGGUUGGGUUGGCGGUGGCAUUGCAGCCGUUGUGGCCAUACUUCAUGCGAACGAUGGGUCCGGAGGAGGAAAAGUAGAGGAUGAGGGAUUAGUCUAGAGGCCUUCUGGCGUCUGCUGAGCGGCGAGGCGCUCGGUCCUCAGUCUGUCGAAGACUUGGUUAUCAAGGUGGUCGUACGUGUAGUUGGGAUCAUGCAGUAGCCACUGGGUGGUGGUGUGGUCGCCUUUCCUCGUGGAAUGGUAUGUUCUGGGACAUGGGAAGGUAUGAUGAGUAAGGAAAACUCGCAAAGGGUAGGAGAAAGCGAAGUAGUGGGUUGUCGUUAACAUGAGAGGUGGAAAUGAAAGAAAGAGUGAGGCAUUUUUUUUCCAACCGUGCAGUAUCGGAAUUGCCGAGUUAUGUGUCCCACAGCGGUACAUAUGUAUGUGUGUUUCCGAAAAAGAUCCCUUGCGCAAGAAAGAAAAUUGGAAAAAAAAAUGCUUUGCCUUGACCUUCAUGUCCUACCGGUACAUACAUGUCCUAUCGGUCAUAUUCAACUUAACGAACAUACAGCUAGUAGUGUGGUUCUAUUUUCGUCAGAAGUUUGGAUUUUCAACGGUGUUCGCACUCUUACCUUCCUGAUGAUCUCCGAACAUUUUCUUGAGCUCACCAUCUUCUGAUCGAUAAUUCGGGUGGCUCAGUUGUGUGUGAUGGGAGUGUAGAGCGGGUGGCCCAUGACGGGGCGUGGAUGGGUAAAAACGUGUUGGGAAACGUGUUGUAAAACGUGUUGUGCUCGUGCUCGUCAAACCAUCACGGUAUCAAGUCACGCAUAACGCUCAAACACCCAAAACGAAUCUUGAUGAAUGUCCACCAAUCUACCACACUCCCAAGGAAAACAAAAAGAAACUUCUUGUUCCUCCGUAGUUCGUCACUGCAAAACCCGCAUAUGUAUACGCAAUAUACCACCCGCAUGCUAUGCUACGAGUAUAUCGAAUAUCUUCUACAUUCAAAGAAGCGAAAUUAGAAUGACAGUUGUAGGCCCGCGAGUUUUUGCGAAACUUGACAGCCCAAUAUUCGACAGAGGUGUACAUCUCCUCCAUCAGCGGCGGGAGCGGUGGCAGUCGCGGGAGAAUGCCUUUGCCGUCCUUACAGCACAUGCCCUUGGAUUCCUUGGCAAAAAGCUUGGCACCACAAUGCUGACAAGGUUGGGCGUACUUUAGGUUGACGCCAGCAUCGUCACGUGCGGCAGCUAGGGCUUCUUUCCGUUGGACAAAAGCGUUUUGAAGGUCGGACAGGCCAUUAGACUAUAUUCAUUCUUCUACACGAAACAUUUCUAUCUCCCACACACUCCGUUUCUCUGCUACUACUGCACCUCUAGCAGCACGUUGGUCUGCCCGCCUCUAGCUUCGGCGUUCGUUGAUGCCUGUCUUGUUGAUGUCGUGACUCUGGCGUCGGCGUUCGUUGAUGCCUGUCUUGUUGAUGUCGUGACUCUGGCGUCGGCGUUCGUUGAUGCCUGUCUUGAUAUGGUGUCUCGGCGUCUCUCCGCGUUCUUUUCGAUGUUGGCGGUCCUCCGCUUGGCGUACAAGAUGCGGUCCCGCUGGUUUCUCCGCAAGCGCUGUCUCUAUCGCAGGGUUCUUGUUGAUGUCCAUGUUGUUUGUGGGGAAGAUGACUUCGCAGGUGGAUUGUGGGGUGGAGGUGGGUGUGUCUCAGGUGUCUUGUGGUCAUCUGUAAA